AUGACAGGAAAAAACAGCGUGAGUGAUAUUCCAGUGAACUUUAAGCCCACAUUACCACCAAGGAAACGGGCAAAGACUCAGGAAGAGAAGGAGCAGAGAAGGAUCGAGAGAAUUUUGCGUAACCGUAGGGCUGCACAUCAAUCUCGUGAGAAGAAACGUUUGCAUGUGCAACGGUUGGAAGAGAAAUGUCAUCUAUUGGAAGGCAUUUUGAAAAUGGUUGAUUUGGAUAUUUUGAGUGAGAAUAACGCGAAGCUUAGCGGGAUGGUUGAACAAUGGAGAGAAAUGCAAGUCAGUGAUUCUGGAAGUAUUUCUUCUCAUGACAGUAACACCGGGAUGCUAGACUCUCCAGAGAGUCUAACGUCUAGUCCUGAUAAGAAGGACCAUUAUUCUCAUUCAAGUCAUUCGACAUCAAUAAGUAGUUCUUCAUCCUCUUCUUCUCCUUCGAAUCUACCGCAUGGAAUGGUAACUGACAAUGGUAUGCUUGACGAAGAUAACAAUUCUUUGAAUUACAUCUUGGGACAACAGAAUUACCAACUAUCAUCUACUCCUGUGGUAAAGCUCGAAGAAGACCAUUCGAUGCUUUUAGAAAAUAAUGGCGAUGCUGAUCUAAACGAUGUGGGAAUUUCCUUCAUCGCUGAAGAUGGUACCAACAGCGACAACAAAAAUAUAGAUAUGAGAAACCAGGAAACUGGCGAAGGUUGGAACCUCUUGUUGACGGUACCUCCUGAACUAAACUCCGACUUGUCUGAACUUGAACCAUCAGAUAUAAUAAGUCCAAUCGGCCUUGACACAUGGCGCAAUCCAGCAGUGAUUGUAACAUGA